AUGGCCAUCGCUCGCCCCGUGAGGGCGCUGGGGCUGGCGGCCAUCCUGAUGUGGUUUUUCUUCAUCUACCAGAUCUUCCACUCGUCGAGCCGUAAGACAUACGGCGACCUGCCUCCCCACGAGCGGGAUCCCAACAUAGACCCGACGGGAGAACCCGAGGGCCUCUUAGUGCGCACAUCCGACGCGUAUGCGCCCAACGCCCAGAAGUCGGCGCGCAUCAAUGCCACACUGCUGGCCCUGGUGCGCAACGAGGAUCUCAAGACCAUGGUCGAGUCCAUGAUCGAUCUCGAGCGCACUUGGAACCACAAGUUCAACUACCCGUGGACCUUCUUCAACGAGGUCCCCUUUACAGAAGAAUUCAAGCGGAGGACAAGUGCGGCCACAAGCGCCGAGUGCAGAUAUGAACUGAUCCCCGCCGAGCACUGGGACGUGCCCGAGUGGAUUGACAUGAACCUGUACAAGGAGUCGGCCCAGAUCCUCAAGGACCAGGAGGUGAAGUACGCCGGCAUGCUCUCAUACAACAAGAUGUGCCGGUGGAACAGCGGCCUCUUCUACAAGCACCCGGCCAUGAAAGACAUGCAGUACUACUGGCGCGUCGAGCCCGAGGUGCACUUCUUCUGCGACGUCGACUACGACGUGUUCCGCUACAUGCAGGACAACAACAAGACGUACGGCUUCACCAUCAACCUGUACGACUCGCCCCAGUCCAUCCCCUCGCUCUGGCCCGAGACCCUCAAGUUCUUGGCCGACCACCCCGACUACGAGCACGCCAACAACGCCAAAGCCUGGCUGACGGACAACCUCCGCCGCCCCGACCACAACAAGAAGGCCAAAGGUUACUCCACCUGCCAUUUCUGGAGCAACUUUGAGAUUGCCGACCUGAGCUUCUGGCGGAGCAAGACAUACGAGGACUACUUCAACCACCUCGACCGCUCUGGCGGCUUCUUCUACGAGCGUUGGGGCGAUGCUCCAGUGCACAGCGUUGCCCUGGGGCUCUUUGAAGACGUCAGCCGCAUUCACUGGUUCCGCGACGUUGGCUAUCAGCAUAUCCCCUUCUUCAACUGCCCUAACUCGCCCAAAUGCAAGGGCUGCGUCACGGGCAGGCUGACCGACGGCGAGCCGUUCCUGUACAAGGAGGACUGCCGUCCUAACUGGUUCAAGUACGUCGGCAUGGGAUAA